AAUAUUCAAUAAUUGUGCAUUUUUCCAAAUAUAUAGCUUAAGAUUUGACGCUGGAGGAUGGUCAGCCAUGUUCCACAGAGUCAUCUGUGGAGCUCCCCCUGAAUAAGGGUUUAGCUUGAAGAGUGUCGGAUGGUGCAGCAUGUGGAUGCUCGGGCGAUAGAAGCUUUUUCUGUCUAAUAGGCGUGAUAGGAUGGGCCCAGAGAAUCCUGCGGAAGAUCCGCUAAAGGGGCGGAUUAGUGCUGACUCAACAUAAAUCUUUGCAGGCAGCAACAACCAUAGAGUACGUUGACGAUGUGGGAUUUAGUUUAUACUCGUGAGCACUGAGAAACGUUCGUAAAAGGUAUGGAGGAUCAUACACCGAAAGCUAUCGAGCGUGUGAAUCUAGCCUGCAUACAAUGUCGGAACCGGCACGUCAAGUGCGAUGCCACUCAACCGUCCUGUAAACGAUGCACAAGAGACCGCAAGGAAUGUACUUACAGGAAAUCCAGGCGAGGUGGGCUCGAUAAAGCAGCCCUGCUACGGCGGAAGCAAAGACUCGAACAGCAAGCUGCAGAGGAACACCAGCACUCACAACAACCGACUCCCCCUCAACACCAUGUCCCGGGAUCUGCUACUAGCAAUGAACUUCCCGCCGGUAUGCUUGAUCGGUUUUCAACGAACCUUGGCUUGAGUACACCUGCGCAUGUUGGAUCCUCUCCUCUGGGGUCUAUGGAUCUGGCAUUCGAGUGUAAUACGGGUCGUCUGCUCGAUAUUUAUCACGAAGCCUUCUGGCCGGCUUUCCCCUUCACACUUCCUAAUAGCUAUCUACAAGACAGAAGUUCGAUCAUACAUCAUGCCCUGAAACAUGUUUUGCUGGUUCAGCAAUGGAUCGGCUCCAUCUACGCCCCAUGGACACCGUCCGAGCCGUAUUAUGACAUCGCACACGGAGCCCUGUCCUCCGGAACACUACCCAAAUCCCCAUGGACUGUCCAAGCAUUUGUACUCAUGGCAUUUGCGGAGUAUUACUCGGACAAGAGGAUUGAGGCACGUGGGACUGCCGAUAAGGCUGUCGCACUGGCACUGGAGUUGCAGAUGAACACUAGAGGCUUUGCUGGAGCCUAUGGCGAAGGCGACGCCGUGUUGGAAGAGUCAUGGAGAAGAACAUAUUACUUCUGUGCUUUUCUUGACCAGCAUUUAUCGGUCAUCUCCAUGACGCCCUUCUUUUUGCUGCGAGACGUCGAGUUCCAGGUUGAUUUGCCGUGCGAGGAUGAGCAAUAUAUCUCUGGUCAAAUACCCGCACCCGUAACAUGGCAAGACUAUUACAUGCGAGAGUUCGCAGACGUUGAAUACGUAUACUCUUCGUUGGUCUAUUUGUUGGACAUUGCUCAGAUUGUGUUGUUCGUCAUGCGAACUUUCGUCAGGCUCGGUGGCAUUAUCAACGAGGAGUUCGCGACUUCGGUUGAUACCAAAGUCAUGGCUUGGAGCUCACUACUUCCAAUCUGCAAGCGAGAUCCGAUGCGAAAGGAUGGCACGGUGGACGAGACCAUGUUCUUGGCCCAUGAGAUGGCGGCAGUCAUAUUGGCUACGGUCCAUCGCCCUCUGAGUUCACUAGCCUACAGCGCGGAGGAGAUGACCACUACGACAUUCAUAAGCGGUGUCCCAUCUACGGAUCCGACUACCUAUAGACGAAAUGCGCACACCGCCCGAACCCUAAAGGCAAUCGACAUGCAGACCAAGCUCCUCUCCAUUCCGUGUGCUAUCGAGAAGCACAACAUGAUGACGAGCAUCAUCGUGGCUCGACUCACCGCUGCUCAGAUAGCGGUCUGCAAUGUCCUUCUCGACGACGAUUACGGGCUGACCAUCGCUCGAGAUCGCGUACGUCUCAGCAUUGGCUUUCUCAACUCGGUUGGAACGAUAUGGCCUCUUGCGAAGAAGACUGCGCAGGAUAUCAAACGGAUAUCAAGAGCUUCGCUGACAUCACUCCCGAGCACGGUAGAGCAGCAAAGUCAAGCCGUGUCGGAACCCGCAGAGAUUGAGAUUGCGCGUGAUGAAGUGCUGUGGCCGCUUGACCCUGCUGCACAGAUCGAUAUCUAUGCUGGGUUGAGUAUGCCUGUCGACUGGGAGGCGUCCAUGAUGGGAUACACAUCUUCGUCGACUUCGAGCUGA